AUGAAGAUUCCCGAGACUCCUAGUGAAGAAGGAUACUUUGGUCCUCAACAAGGUUAUGCAGAUAUUUCCAUAAAGACACAAUCAUAUUCUGAUAAACCAACACCUUUAGCAGCAAGUCAAGGCAAAGUUGGAGGUUUUAUAUCUGAACAUACUGAUAGAGAACAUCAAAAAAAGUACGCAAAGGAAGGUGGGAAAAAAUUAUUCCUGAUAUUAUUCAAUGCACUCUGUAAGUAG